GGCGCCCCUUCCUUUCGAACUUCAAUCAAUAUGCGCGCCGGUAUCGUUGCUGCCCUUUUCCUCUCCGCAGUCUUUGUACAGGCCAGGCCGGCACCUGAGCAAAAGCGAGACAUUGUCGACACUGUGACGAGUGCGGCGGAGCAGAUAUUUAGCUCAGACAUUGCGCCUGUUCUGAGCGGCAUCACCCCAGAAAUUGAAACGUUGUUCGGAGAAGCAACUUCAGCGCUGGGGGGAUUCUUUGCCUCAAAUACAGCUCUUGGCCAUGAAGCGACUGCCAUCGUGAGCGCGUUCGAAUCGAAGGCUACACAGAUAGAACAGGACGUUGCAUCCAAGAACGGCGCCCCAGCAAUCCGCGGUAGCGCGUCGGGACCCCUCGGGCUGGGCCUGGCGACCGCGCUAGGAAGUGCACUCCUCGGCGCGUACGUGAUACUAUAAACGUAGAGUCAGUGCGUUUCGUAUGCUGUGGACUUGAUGUGGACUCUUGGACUUGUGCGCUAGCG